AGUAGAGUAGGGGUGAGCAGGCUGGAGGACGGGACGGGACUGGAGAUGAGGGGAGGCCUGACCCGCCUGGACCUGUGGCGGCGGGCGCGCUUCCCGCCUUGUGUAGGUGUCUGGUUGCCGCUUACUACACCCAGCCUACACGUGUAGCGAGAGGAAGCGUAUUUCUGGUAUUGAGGAGAAGAUGUUAGAACCACAGGAGAAUGGCCUGUUUGACCUACCAGAUUAUGAGCAUAUAGAAGAUGAAACUUUUCCUCCUUUCCCACCUCCAGCUUCUCCAGGGAGACAAAAUGGUGAAGAAGCUGAACUUGAUGAAGAUUCAGGAAGUGGAGUACCUGUUCCUGUACCUCCAAAGAGAACAGUUAAAAGGAAUAUACCCAAGCUGGAUGCUCAAAGAUUAACUUCAGAGAGAGGCCUUCCAGCCUUAAGGAAUUUGUUUGAUAAGGCAAAAUUCAAAGGUAAAGGUCAUGAGGCUGAAGACUUGAAGAUGCUAAUCAGACACAUGGAGCAUUGGGCACAUAGGCUAUUCCCUAAACUGCAAUUUGAGGAUUUUAUUGAAAGAGUUGAAUACCUGGGAAAUAAGAAGGAGGUUCAGACCUGUUUAAAACGAAUUCGACUUGAUCUCCCUAUUUUACAUGAAGAUUUUGUUAAUGAUGAUGAAGUAGGGGAAAAUAAUGGCCAUGAUGUAUCUGCUACUGAUUUAGAUCCCUUUUUGACAAACUCAUCUGCAAGUGAGAAGUUUGCUUCUGAGUCAAAUAGAAUCCUAACAGAAGAGCAACAAGAAAGAAUCGAGAGAAAUAAACAACUGGCCUUGGAAAGAAGACAGGCAAAGCUACUGAGUAAUAGUCAGUCCCUAGGAAAUGACAUGUUAAUGAACACAGAGAUAGUUGAAGAGGUUAAUACUGGUGAGGAUCAAGAGGAGGAGUCAGAUGGACUAAACAAAGACAUUCUGGACAGUCCACAUAAUGACGUUCCUGCUAAUACUUUAAAUGAAGAGGAGGAAUUAAAAUUAGAGGAAACUCAACUGGACUAAUCCUUUUUAAAUGUGCAAUAGUAACUGUUUCAUCCAUAAAUGUUACUGAGGUUAGAUAGUCCUCCAAUAAGAGCAAAUGUAUGUUUUAACUAGUUAUCCUACAAGGUUGGGAUUACUAUGCAUUUGUCUACUUUGAGUGUUAUUUAUAAUUAUGCUUGUCACUUAUUAACUUCAGUUAUUUAUUCACUUCAGUGUUUUUUAUAUAGAUAUGACUGUAUAAAAUGAUUAGUUAAUAACCAGCUUCUGCUGCUAGUGUGCCACUGAAUGUCUUGUUUUCACUAAGUUGAAUGAUGUACAUAUGUUGAUAUUAGUAUCCAUUUUUUAAAAGUAAAAAUAAAAAAGUCUUAGAAUAUCUAGAGACUUUUUGAAAGUUCAUCGCUGUUUCUGCAAUUUACACUUUUAACAAUGUUUAAGGUUUAUGUAUUUUGAGGAGUCACUUUAAUGCUUAAAAGAGAACAUAAGAGGCUGCCCUCAUAGGUGCUAGGGAAUUCAAAGAAUGCUUCUUAGUAUCAUACCAACUGGUUGGAGAGAAACUUGCAAAGUAUCAUGGGGGAAAGUACUGGGAAGAACAUGUACAAAAACAA